CUCCCGGAAGUGCAGAAGAACCGAGCCCUUGGACGCCCGGCGGUUGAGCAUCGAUCGAUCGCGGUGCGCUCGCGCAAGAUAAUGGCAGACCCUUGGCAGGAGUGCAUGGACUAUGCAGUGAUCCUCGCAAGACAAGCUGGAGAGAUGAUUCGUGAAGCUCUAAAAAAUGAGAUGAAUGUCAUGAUUAAAAGUUCUCCAGCCGACUUGGUAACAGUUACUGACCAAAAAGUAGAGAACAUGCUCAUGUCUUCUAUAAAGGAAAAGUACCCGUGUCACAGUUUCAUUGGUGAAGAAUCCGUGGCAGCUGGGGAAAGGACAGUCUUCACAGACCAGCCCACAUGGAUCAUUGACCCCAUUGACGGAACGACUAACUUUGUGCAUCGGUUUCCCUUUGUAGCUGUUUCGAUUGGCUUCGUUGUAAAUAAAGAGAUGGAGUUUGGAGUUGUGUACAGCUGUGUGGAAGACAAGAUGUACACUGGCAGGAAAGGGAAAGGCGCCUUCUGUAAUGGUCAGAAGCUUCAGGUCUCAAAGCAGGAAGACAUUACCAAAUCCCUCUUGGUGACCGAGUUGGGCUCGUCCAGAAAGCCGGAGACCUUACGGAUUAUUCUCUCCAACAUGGAGAAGCUGUGUUCCAUCCCCAUCCAUGGAAUCCGGAGUGUGGGAACAGCUGCUGUUAAUAUGUGCCUUGUGGCGACUGGGGGAGCCGAUGCCUAUUAUGAAAUGGGGAUCCACUGCUGGGACAUGGCGGGAGCUGGCAUCAUCGUCACGGAAGCUGGCGGAGUGCUGCUGGAUGUGACAGGUGGACCGUUCGAUCUGAUGUCUCGGAGAAUAAUUGCUGCAAAUAAUCUAGCAUUAGCCGAAAGAAUAGCCAAAGAGAUUGAGAUAAUACCUUUACAAAGAGACGACGAAAGUUAGUCACACAGAACAGUGUCUAGCUCUGUCAUAUGUGCUGUCCCUGGAAUGUUUAAGAUGUAUGAUGUCACUGAUUUAAAUUUAACUUUGAGGUCCUGAUUUUAAAAUGGGAACUUUUUUUAAAGAUAAUAUAUUCAAAAUUAGAUGGACUAUUUGAUUACUGAAAGAAAAUUUGCAUGUAUUAAUAUUCUUGGGGAAAAUAUAUAGGAAGUAUACUUAAUGAAUUAGCCAUUGAAAUAAUCCUCAGUCCAUAUGAUCCCCUUCAACUUAAUAUACUGUUCAGUGCACAAUUCUCAAUUAGAAAGUUCUCUUUUUGUAAGCGGUUUUCUCUUUGUUUCAAAAGCCAUAUUUGAUUAUGUCUGUAAGGCUGUAAGAAGCAGGCUGUCCCUGUGCAGAGGGCUUUUGUGUUUCAUUAAUCACUGUAAUAUAGCACCUGGCACAGUACCUGUCAGACGGUAGGCAGCCUCAAGUCGGCACCUUACAAUGAGUGCGCAAAGCUGCAGUUCCUUCUUCUAAUGUGUCCUGAUAGGAUUCUGCUGUUGCUCCUGUUCUGAAGUAAGUUCCCCUGCUGUCCUUUUUAUAUUUCACAUUGCUGUGCCGUUUCACAGGACGUCACUGCCGAGAAGACUGUUUCUAGUGGGCAUUCUGCAGUUAGUAUGCUACUGUAUGUUGUAGGUUCUGCUUAAAGCCCUGGACUAGAGAGGAACGUUCACAGAUGCCUCCUCUGUACCUGGUGUAGUGAGUGCACUGUAAUGUUUUACAAAAUGCAGUAUUUGCAUUCAGAUCCAUACUGUGGUGUUGGCUGUGCUGAUGUGUAUUGUGGUGUUCAUGGUGAACUUUUUUGAUUUCUUUCCAUCACUGCUGUCUCUAGAUAUUCUAUAAGGUCUUGGGCCUCUCAGACUCAAGAAAAUGUAAUGGCUCCUAUUCCUUUUUAAAGGAUUAAUUUAUUGUCUAGCCUUGACUCUUGACGUAUGAAUAGACUUUUUGUUCUUAGUAUGUUUGAACCUUGCAUUUGGUAAAAUGAAGUGUUUUUGUAAGUUUCAAGGCAGUUAACUUGGUUUUGGGUGAUUUAAUAUAUUAAAUCUAUAUAACACUCUGAUUUGGGUACUGUAAUUACUGUAUUUAUGCUGUUAAUUACAUGCAUUUAAAAUAUCACGUACCAUGUAAAUUUUAUUACAAGACAAGUUGCUUUGCAAUUAAAUUUAUUUUAAUUAAGAUUAUGAAUAACAUCUUAUUUCAUUGUGUUUAUUUGUGUACACCAGGCCUGCCUCAGAAUUGUUGAAUAUCUGAGAAUGCACUUGAACUUCUGGUGGUCCUGCCUGACUCCCUUAAGUUCUGAGAUGCAGAGAUGGCCAUGGCCUAUGACAACCAGGUCAUGUGGCGUGGGGACUGAGCACAGGGUCACAUACGUGUUAGCUUAAGCACUGUGCUGCCUGACUACACUCCAGCCCAUGAAUACAUUUUGAAUUAAAGGUGCAAUUAAUGAUAUUUUAUCAAAAUUAAUAGUCUCAGCUCUUUUUAGGGGUUUUGAGUUUAGUUACAGAUAUUUGAAACUAAUAUUGGUUGUGUAUUUUCCCUUUUUGCAUAUAGAUUUUCCCAAUAUAGAUAAACACUUAAUACUU